GCAGCUCCCUCUCCCAGUCUUCCUAAGCGAGCCCGGUAGCCGCAGCCUGUGCGUCAUGCAGCUGGUGGCCAGCCUGGUGUCCGUCCUGCUGCUCGUGUGGAGCGUGCGAGCCACGGCACUGCCCGGAGAAGAGAGACUCGCCCUGCAGAACAGCAGGGAGCAGACCAGAGUGCGCAAAGACGCCCUGCUGAAGAUGCUGGCGGGCCUGCUGGAGGGCGCGGAGGACGCGGGGCGCCAGGCGGCCUCCGAAGAGGAGGGCAAGGCAGAGGAGGAGCGGGCCGUGCUGGGGCGGCUAGCCCAGCUCUCGCAGCGGGACCGCAAGGCGCCCUGCAAGAACUUCUUCUGGAAAACCUUCACCUCCUGCUAG